UUCUAUACAAUCUUUCCCCUUUAAAAUUGUCUGCCAUACUUUUGUUGCCAAAAACCUUGUUUGCCAAUUAUUUUCGUUUUUAAUUCUAAAUUAGAGUCAAUGUGCAUUUUUCCUAAUAUCUAAUUUUUUUUCAUUUUCUUCUUUUCUUUUCAAUUGUGUCAACAAACUCUCAUCUAGGCCGAGAAAAUGAUGCAGCCAACAUUUACUGGAGCACCGAGCAAAUGUGUCGCAAAUACACGAAACUAAUUUUUGGUUACAUUUUUUGUCAUCAAUCGACAUUUGGAGCUGCUCUCCUCUAUUCUUUUUACCUCAUUCGCUUUGGAAAUUUCGAUACGUCGACAUGGUUUUUGCCUUUCACCAUGGUCGUUCCAUUCGAUACAAGUUCUGUCGAGGGAUGGUACUGGUUUUGGUUCAUUCAAUUCAGUGCUAGUCUUUCGUACAUCAUGUGCAUGGUGUCAGUUUCGUCGUACUUUAUGUGCUGCUGCUUUUACAUUGAGGCAAUUUGUGAUCGUUUUGGCGUCAUUAUAAACUCGAUUCGCAAGAGUGUCAAACAAAAUCAAAUUGAAAAAGAUAAGCCAAAAUUCCUUGAAAAUCGGUCCAAAAUUAGGGAUCAAAUUCAUGAUGCAAUCGAUCUUCAUGUUAAUAUUUUCCAAAUCUUCAAGAUGGUGUCCAAUAUCAAUAGCGGAACAAUAUUUGCUCUCCUCCCUGUGAAUGCAAUUUUUCUUGGAAUAUCAAUGUACAGCACAGAAAACUCAGUCGCGGAUAUGUCGCCCGCAUUCAUGCUUUACAACGUACUUUGUAUUGUGAGCUCAGUUAUGUGGCCAUACUUUUUCGCCCACUUUGCAACCAAAAUCACUGAGCGGGUUUCAUCCAUUGGCGACGUUGUCUACGAUUCGAAUUGGUAUGAUUAUCCCAUCGAAUUCAGGAGAUACAUCGUGUUGAUCAUCGCUCGUUCCCAUCAAGAGGUAAACUUCACUGGAUUCAAUUUGAUCAGUUGCACAUUGGCGGGUUUUGGAAAGAUUGUAAGAUCUUCUUGCUCUUUCUACUUACUUUUCCGAAGUUUUGCCCAGCAGUAAAGUGAUGACAUUAUUGGUGUUGGAGGCACAGCCAAAAAUGC